UAUUGUACGUUGAAGUAAAGUUUCCCCCUGAUAAGUAGCAACUCGCAGCUACCGUCCAGCGCAGUUUUCAAAGGCUAAAAAAAAAUAACAUUAAACUGCGUUUAAAAUGCCUUGUGGCAAAAACUUCAGGAGAAGAAGAGGAUCGUCAGAUGUGGAGGAGGAUGAGACGACCCAAGAAGUCAGAUCGAAAGUAGAAGAAGCUAAAGAGCUACAGAGUUUGAGGAGACGACAGAACGGAGUCAGCGUGACCGCUCUAUUGGUUGGAGAGAAACUGCCACCAGAGGCUGAGAUUGAUAAUGACCCUUUUAAACUGAAGACCGGAGGGGUCGUGGACAUGAAAAAAGUGAAAGACAGAAACAGGGACAUGACAGAAGAUGAGACAGACCUCAACCUGGGCACAUCGUUUUCAGCUGAAACUAACAGAAGGGACGAGGAUGCGGACAUGAUGAAAUAUAUUGAGACAGAGCUUAAAAAGAAGAAGGGCUUGGUGGAGGCUGAGGAACAGAAAGUGAAGGUGAAGAAUGCUGAGGACCACCUGUAUGAGCUGCCUGAGAACAUCCGAGUCAACUCAGCCAAGAAGACAGAGGAGAUGUUAUCCAAUCAGAUGCUGAGUGGGAUCCCUGAAGUUGAUCUUGGCAUUGAUGCAAAGAUUAAGAACAUUAUUCAGACAGAGGAAGCCAAAGCCAAGCUUAUAGCAGAACAACGGAACAAGAAAAAAGACCACGGCACAUCAUUUGUUCCCACUAACAUUGCUGUCAACUACGUCCAACACAACCGCUUCUACCAUGAGGAUGUGAAUGCACCACAGAGGCACCACAGACACAGAGAAGAGCCCAAAGCAAGACCGCUGCGAGUGGGCGACACAGAGAAACCAGGACCAGAGACUUCGUCACCACCCAACUACCGCAAACGUCCAAACAACGAAAAGGCAACAGAUGACUACCACUAUGAGAAGUUCAAGAAGAUGAAUCGAAGAUAUUGAAGCGGUGGAUGCUUUUUUUUUUUAAGAAUUACAAAACAUGUCAGCUUUACAGAGAUUGAGCCAUAAUGAUAAUUUAUGGACUAGUUUUCCUAAAAAGCUGUUAAUGGCUGAACUCCUAAGCCACUGUUGUACUUUUUAAUUAUUGUAUAGAGCUCCUGGUGGUUACCUGUAUGCAGUACAUUUGCUAUGUAACGUGUCAUGUUAAUGAUAAUUUUACUUAACCCAUCGUUUAAUUUGGCUCAUUUUGCUCAGGAUUGUCUGAUAACCAAGAAAAAAGGUGAUAAAAGGACCAGAAUAUGUCAAAGUCCCUCUCCAGUCAUUGAUCACACUUAUAAAAAGUCAUCUCUGUGCAUCAAAAUUAUAUAUUUAGAAGUUUUAUUGCUUGAAAAUAUUUCCUCCUGCUUCCUCUGGGAUGUGCAGAUUUAUAGUCCCCGCCUCAAAUACACCAGCUCACCUAUAACGCUUGUCAAAUGCUGUAAAAGCACUCUACACUGCAGAAUGGCAGCUUGUAAUACUGGAGUAAUUCAGCCACACGUUUGUAACCAGUUCCAAGACUAGUGAUUCCUAAGCCCCACCUUACAAACAAACAAUUUUGGUUCCUUACAUUUGUUACUUAAAACCAUUUAAGUCUGGAUCUGUUUUUGGGAAAGUCAUCAGUACACUGCAACGUCAAGGUCCAAAUGCUCAGUUAUGGUGUUGCUUAUUUCACUCAUGUCUUCCAGCUUAAUAAAACAUGUAACUGUUAACAAAAAAAACAAAACUUUCCAUUGAAGGGGGUCUUCAAGGAGCACAAAAGGACAUGGAAACUGUCAAACUGAGUGGUCCUCUUGUUCUGAACUGUUUAGUUUUGUCUUUUAGUUCACUGUCAAGUCUUGUAGUCAUAGAUUUGUGUUUUUCAGGCUUGUAGAAACAGAUUUGAUUAAAAAAAUAAAACCAA